CGAAGAUUUUCCUGGGAAUUCGUCUCUCUCGUCGCGACUGGCGGCCCGCCAAACACAACCAACGGUGCAACCCCCGUGUGGGAGCCCUUCAUAUCCAUGUACAAAGACGAGGUGACUGUCUACUACUCCGAUCAACGGGAUCCUCUCCACGGCCAGAAACUGGCCCACCAGUCGACGCGAGACCUCAUCCACUGGGGCCCCGUCGUCAACGACGCAGCCUAUGCGAACUACACCCUGCGUCCCGGCAUGACGACAGUUGCUCAGAUCGGAAACGGGAAGUACCUCCUCUCGUACGAACUGGCCAACGCCCCCGAAGUCCCGUACGCAGUCCACUACCGUAUCGCCGACAACCCGCUCAAGUUCGACCAAGCGACGCCUUACCUGCUCACGUCUAGAGAUGGGACGAUCCCGUCCGCAUGCCCGUACACCGUCUGGACGCCUGUUGGUGGGCCGCACGGUACCAUUGUCAUGAGUGAUGGCACCUACUCGGAAGUCUUUAUCAACCGGGACAACGGCAACCCCCGCACCUGGAUCAAGGUGCCUACCGGUAAGGGCGUGGCGUAUUCUAGAGCGUUAACAGUCAUGCCGGACCCGAGUGUGAUAUUGUUCUUCAAUGGGGGUAUGUUUGGUGAAAAGAAUACUACUGUUACGGCGGGGGAGUGGAUUGUCCCGAGGCAUCCUGAUCACUUUUAG